AUGCCCGAGGUUAUUGGCUUUGAUGAUGAGGUAAAAGUGUAGUUAAACGUGAGCUUCCGUGAGAAUUCCCCGUUGCAGAUUCGCUCUGCCGAAUUUGAGAAGUUUAUCCCCUUUUUGAAUUCGGGUUGGUCCAUGUCUUAGCUUCUAAAGUGUUAAAUAUGCCAAAACAUGUUUCUCCUCAUAUGAAAGCAUAUUUCAUCUUCGAUCAACCUCUAAAUUGACGGUUAACUCACGGUAUAUUCCAAUCAAAAAUCAAAUUUCAAGGUAAAAUUCUGGUAUUCAUUUUUUCAGUCAAUGAAUUCAGUAUUAUGCCAAUCUGUGUCAGCUAGGGUUUAUUUUUUAAUUUAUCACAUACAUUGAUUUUUUUUACAACGAAAAAUAACUAUGAAAUUAAGAGAUCCUCGCAGCUGAGAACACUACUGAAACGAGAAGUUGAAAAUAGGACCUGAAAAAAAUUCAGGCCCAUACUCUUCACCACAGUGCAAGUAUAUGAAUUUAAUAUAUCUAAAAUCAUCAAAAAUAACUAUGUUAGCAAGUGGUAUGUUCCUCGCACCAAUCAGAUUGUUACAUUUGAGUGUGUAUCUCAUACCAAUCAGAUCAUAGCAUUGGGGUAUGCUUGCAUUAAUCACAGCAGUAGAGUGUCAUUCCUCAUGCCAAUUGUGCCAUGAAAUUAGGGUACUGCAAUAUGUUGUGAUAGAAUCAACCCAACAUUGAUACACACCAAAGAUUUCAUUAACAAUGAAUUGUGAGCUCAUCUACCCAGUGUAAUGGUUCAUGUCCUUUGUGAGGACUUUAUUGGUAUGAUCUGUUGGAGCUAGAAAGGUCUCUAGGGAAUUUUUCAACCAUACAGAAGUUUAAAAGUGUUUUGCAAAUCACUACUUCACAACACACACACUAUCAGCUAAAGGCCUAGCACAAAAUUAUCGGUAAUGUGUUUGUCUUGCAAGGGCUUGUUUUCCUGAUAAAGGUAAUAAUUCCAUUUAGCAUUUGCAUAAAAUAUAUUUGAUCGAUAAUCUUGAUUUAACAUUGUGAUCGCUCUACUGGCAAAGGUUGAAAAGGUUAGCAAGUUAUAUUAACUUUCUGCAUUGACUGUGAUGAGAAAUGACUGUUUCUUUGCUUUUAAAAGCUCUCCAUGAAUUACAUCUUGUGUUCAAACCUCAUUUUCUUGAUAUAAUUAUGUGUUUACUUGUCACUAUGGACUAGACUUUCUUAGAUGAAAUGUCAUUUUCCAGUUUAUUUCAGAUAAAUCAGAAGUUGUUUUUUUUUGCCCUCCAUUGAACAAUACUUUUCAUUGGAGUCUUUUAAGAGGAAAUGUUCUUUUUCUUUUGCCAAAAUGCAAACAUCAGUUACUUGGUAUCCCUUUUCAACCUACCUGUCCAAAAGAUAACUAUUAAUAAAAUUAUUGGUGAUCCAUGUGAUCUAAUUGGCCUACUGUCAUUUAUGAAACAAAACUAGUAAAAAUAAAAAUCAGUAAUUUUUAAAAUAUAAAUCUUUUUUUCUCAGAGGGCAGGGUAAUGAAUUUUGCAAUCUCAGUGGUUCUUAGCAUGGUCCGAAUUUUGCUAUCUCUGCCCAUGGGCACAGCAACACCUUUGUGAGUCACCAAGUACAUCUUAAAUACAAAUUCCAAUUAAUUACAUUGAAGAAGUUGAUUCAAUUAAUAUAAGGACAGCUUAAAACAGAAUACAAGAUUGCUCAGUAUAAGCCUUCUUAGUUAUAUACCUACUGUAUUUCUUCACCUAUAAGCCAAGCGAUUUUUUCAGUAUUUGACAUAAAAAUUUGAGAGAUUUUUUCACAAAAAACAGGGUUCGGCUUAUAAUGGAGGUUUUGGGAUUCAAAAACAAGUACAAAUUUAAUGUUAGUGCAAAAUGACAAAAUUUUUUUUUUAAUUGUAUUAUCUUUUUCUCUUAAUCACAUCUUUCACACUUAAUGAGAGAGAAACACUAAGGGAAAAACAACCAAUCGGGUUUCAAAGCUCUCUUGAAGUAACAGGUCAAAUUAGAGGAAAGUGAAAGACAAAGAAACCCACUUUCAUGGAAAAUUUGGUAACCCAUGGUCCCAAACCUGUCUUGAAUCAAUACAGCAAUAAAUUUUGACAUAAGGUCUCAAAAUUUUCUUUUUGGACACAAAAAGGCAUUUCUGAUUCCACUUUGAAACGAAGAAAACAGUUACUGGACAGCAAAAUCUUGCUACUGACUGAAAGUUGUAUUUGAGUGAUACAAUUGUAUCAUUUCUGCAUCAGGGCUCCAAACUCAUUUUUUUAAAAAGUUGCCUUUUAACUACCUUCAAUUGUACAAUGAUUGCUGUUAAGAAUUUUAGGUCACUCCCUCCCCCUUAAAAAAAACACCAAAAAAACUAAUGAGCCAAACAAUGUGCUUGCAAUCCUUCUAUUUGUUAAAUUGAUAUGUUCACUUGCUUACCAAUUCAAAUAUUAUAAUAAUGGUCAAGAGAAAAAGGAUGAAGUAGCUCUAAUGUCUGGUAGUAGAAACAAUUUUGAAUAAAUUUGCUGAGACCAGAUUAAUACCAUUUUGAUUGAUUGCCAUCUGAGAAACCUCUCUCAUUUGGGGUGAGCUAAACUAUUGCUAUUAAAACCUUCCAUAUUGUAAAUAACAUCCUGAAUCAUUUAUAGUUAGACACCAUACUUUGUACUGCAUAGUUGAUUGUUGGACUUCAAUACUCUAUGUAAUAUUAAAUGAGGAUUAUCUCAACAAAAUCAGUUUGACAUUAUCACCCUUUUUUUAGCUUACUGGGUAUCUGGAACUCACAAAACAGCGGGAGAGAAAAAGAGAAACACUAGCACAUUAGCAAUUGAUAAUUCAAACAAGGAUCAAUGAUUUUUUCAAGUCUCCCUCUUUAUUUUUUUGGUCGCCAAUUGGCGACUGUUAUCAAAAUUUUAAUUGCCUAAUACAAAAUGUACAUCUUUUACUCGCAUAGUAACCAAAAUGGUGGCAGCUUGGAAUGCAGCACAUGGAUGUAAUAAAUGGUAAUCAAACCUCAAGUUCAAACGUCCACUACACACUCACUCCAUUUUGAAGUUGUAGGAAUGAUUCCAACUUAAUUGCACUCCACUCAGCAAUUCAUACAUUCUUUUAAAAUCAUCCACAUUGUAGCUUGGUGGGAAGUUGCAUGACAGCACAUCUUGACAUCAUUUUCUUUCAACUUGGAGAAUUAUAAGUUGAAAUAACAUCAAAGCCUAAAUGGUUCUGUUCUAACAUGGAAAGGCAGUGAAAACUGAUGUUCUGUUUGCAAAUGGCUGGUGCAAGAUUGUACAUACACUGUAGCCAAUUAAAUACUAUUGAACUCAGUUGCAGUUUACCAUUUCACAUCCAACAUUUACCAAUGAGAUGAUCAUUUUUCCUUGUGAGGUCAAGUUAUGUAUGAGGCAUCAAUGUUAUACAAUGAGAAAUUGCCUCCUUCAUGAAGGUUUAAAAGGAUUUUUGAGUGCUUAAGGUUACUGUUAACAGAAUAUGGUACCCUUCAGAAAAAUCAUUCUUUGUGUGCUACUUGAUCAGAAACCAUAAAAAAUCUAUAUAUCACUGUAAAGUUUAUAAAGUAUAUAUUAUAAACACAGCAAAAACUUUUUGGUUUUGGUGGGUGUGCCAGCCUCUAUACUUAAAACUGACAGUGUUUGCUUCACUGAAUUUCCCGCCUCUGCAUUACUGCAGACCUCCAAACAAAUGGAAGGAUAUCACUCAGCAAAUAAAGGGCCAAGAAAGAGUGGGAGGCUUUUUCAAUAUUUUUGUUAGUUCCUGAGAAAAUCUACUUUGAAGUUGGGCUAUGGUAAACGUUUCAGUUCUUAUCACACUGCGAAGCAUCACAAGAGGAAUAACAUUUUGGUCGGUUAAUACCUGAGGAACAUUCUGGUCAAUUUUCAUGAAAUAAAAAUCCACAUAUAUAUCCUAUUAAUUUGUUUAAAAAGAAGUUACUCACAUAAAAACUAACCUUUAAUUUUUUCACAUGCAUGUGUCAAUACUGUUGCUGGUCAAUGAAAUGCAACUUUGAACCCCCUGGCAAGUAUUGGAAAAAAAAGAACUUGAAAUUUGCGGGGAAAAUCAUUUUACAAAAUGGGAAAAACUAAUAUACAAUGGAGCAACCAAAAUCCAAACUUCAUUGAGAAAAACAGAAGGAAGAGCAAGUUAAAAGAAAAACUUUACUUUGAUUUCUUUGGCUCGGCUUGGCUCGGCUCUCCUGCCACUUUUCUCAUUUUGGCUGUUUGAUAAAGACUUAUUUCUUGAUGAAUACUUGUUUUGUUGUGAAAUAUGUCAGAAAUUUCAUUUUGUUGUGCAGUGCAAGAGGCAAUGUAAACAGAAUAUGCAAAAUUGAGAUUGCGGAAUAUCCACACUCUGCUGGAAGCCUUUCCCAUUGUGACACCUGGCUCUCUUUACAGUAACUGCUUUCAACCAAAUGAAGAGCAAAAAAAUGAAAUUUUGUAAAUUUUGACCAGACUUUUUUGACAGUAACCUGAAAUUAAAUUUUUUUCAUUUCAGAAUCUUGAUGAUGUUGAUGAAACUCUGAUAGAGAGACUUAUAGGCUUGACAGAGAUGUUUCCAGAAUCUGUGCGUCAAGGCUCCAGAAAUGCAGCAAGAGGUGUGGCUAUUGGUGCUAGGUGGCUCUACAACUUCACAGGGAAAUCGCUUUGGAUUAUGAGUACAUCAUUUGUUGUACUUGCCUUGCCAGUUAUUUUUGAGGUAGAAAGAGUUCAAACAGAAGAAGCACAACUUCAACAGCAAAGACAAGUGAGUUAAAAAACCACUUUGUGGUUACCAGCUGUAAGAAUCCAGUAACCAUGUGUGUAUUUUGAACAGGCACUUGUGCUCUUAGAUGAUAACAUUGUUAAAUAAACCAUGAUGCUAUUGAGUAUCUAAGUAACUCAUCUUAUGUUUCAGUAGCUUUUGCAGAAGUUACAUGAAUGAAGUUCUCACUUAUUUAAUCUCAAACGUGCAAUUUUGAUUUAACAAACUGAUUCUCACUGUCUUUAUUUAACAUUGUUGUAUUACCAAAAUUUUGAGUUAAGGCUCAAAUCUGGAACAGUGGAUCUUAAAAAAAUUGUCAGCAAUCUUAUUUGAAAUGCAAGCUGUGCAAACAGUUAGAGCUCACGACCUAGUUUUAUUAUCUUAUGGAAAUAAUCAGUGGGAUUGAACAUCAAUUGAAACAUUCCUAUGGACUAGAACAAUCCUGUGGCACUUUUCAGUCAGAGGACUUAGAAGUUAGAUUGAGAGAAAACCUUUUAAACAAAGAUAAUAGCAUUACAGUGCUAACAAGGAGGUUACUGUCAACAAAAUAGGUACCCUUUGGUGGGCACGCACAAGCCUUUAAACACAAAACAAAAGCUGUUUGCUCACUGAAUUAUCAGCCUCUGCUUUAGCACAGACCUUCAAACAAACAAGAGAGUAUCACUCAGCAGAUAAUAGGCUAGUUAAGUGUGCAAGAUCAAUAUUUUGAUUGGUUCCUAAGAAAUCUAUUUUGAAGUUGGACAAUAGGAAAUAUUUCAGUUAUAAAGAAAAGUUAUGUUAAAGUUAUGUUUCAGGACAUCACAAGAGAAAUAUUAUGAAUUUUGUAUAAGAUUCACAUACUUUGGUGCAUUAAUACCUGAGGAACAUUCUGGCUAAUUUACUUGAACAUCCAAUGAGACAUUCAAACAAAAUGAAGUUUAUCCCAAGGCAGAUUAUUGGCCUAUAAGAUGUGUGAGCCUCUUCGCAGUUCCAAUUUUUUCCUGAGAUGAUCAAUUUUUAACUUGGACAUUAGAAGAUAUUUAGGGUUUCAUUAUACUUGGGACAUUAUGCUUGGGACAAAUAUAAUGGCCAAGUUUCAUCAAAAUCUGACAAAUCUACAUACCAUGUUUAUUUGGUUAUGUUUAAUCACAACAAAAUCUGGUCAACAUUAUCAACAUUUUUUUUUCCUCUCAGUUAGAGAAAGACUUACUAUUGUCUUGUUCAUCAAAGACUCUUUUGGUUUUGAGAUUCAGUGGGAUUUCAUAUUUUUUUUUCUUGCAGCAAAUUAAACAAAUAUUUGAUUCUUCCAACUAAAGAGUUAAAAAUAAAAUUUUGCAAAUUUUGACCAAAUUUAGUUGAAAGUAACCUUUAAGAACAGUGAAACGGAUAUGAUACACAAAUGGAAAUUCUAGUAUAUGGCUUGUCAUGAUUGCCAUAGGUCAGAAAAUCAUUCAAGAUCAGGAAAAGCUGGAGAUUUUCACCUUGACUCUUGCAAAAAUUUACAUAUUUGGAGUAAGCGUUUUUAAACUUAAAGACUCCACAGUAUGCAACAAAAAUGCUGUCUAAUAGUCCAAGGGUAAUGAAAAUUCUCAUCAGGCUACCAUGUUGUUAUUACAAGUUGCCUAACAGGCAAGCAGGAUUUGCUGAAACAAUAGAUUCUAGGUUUUUCUAAGGCCUUAUCAGUUAUUAGUCCAAUAAGUGUGUAAAAAAGAUGAUGUUUCUUUUAUUUUGGUGAAUUCAGGUUCCAGCAUAUAUGUGCAUAGAUCGGUGCAAAAAAGAGGGGUGUCAACCUUGUGAAGGGUUUUGUGUCAUUUGUUAAAUAAAUGUUCUUUUAAAAAAUACUCUUCUAUGCUAAAACCACGGCUGAAACCAUUGGCUAGACGCAUAUUCCAUUUAGCGGAUAAGCACUAAAUAAUUUAAUUUUUCGGUAUCCAGUCAAUUCGCCGACGCCAACUCGCCGACGUAUAAAAUCGAGUAGAGACGUCGGCGAGUUGGUCCUCAAUCCAUUACAACUUAUUAGAAGUUAAACAUACAGAAAAGUAAACGAUAUCUAGUAAAAAAACACUGGUGAACAUUGGUGAAGAAGAAGCUUAAACAUUGGUGAACAUUGGGGAACAUCACCAAUGACUAUAACAGCUUAAGACGCGAACGAGCGAAGUAAACAUCCCCAAUGACUCUAACAGCUUCAGACGCGAACGAGUUAUUGUGUGACAACAACACUGUAAAGACUCAUCAUGUCAAUCGCUCAGAUUUUUUAAAGAAAACUUGGCUUUCUAGACAAGAUCUUUAGUAAAAAGCAAUUCUUUUUAUUUGCAACAAAGUUUAUAAGGAUCUCAUGUCAAUCGGUCUUAUUUAUUUAAGUCAAGUCGCUUGGUAAAAAGUCAACGCACGAACGGUGUUGUGGUCAGACAAUAAUUAUUGUAAUAAUUAUUAAGUUUUUUUUUUAAAUCUGAGCCAUUGACAUGAUGAGUCUUUACAGUGUUGUUGUCGCACAAUAACUCGUUCGCGUCUGAAGCUGUUAUAGUCACUGGUUAUAUUCACCAAUGUUAACCAAUGUUUAAGCUUCUGUUUGAUGUUCGCCAAUGUUCGCCAAUGUUUUUUUUACUAAAUAUCGUUUACUUUUCUGUAUGUUUAACUUCUAACAAGUUGUAUUGGAUUGAGGACCAACUCGCCGACGUCUCUACUCGAUUUUAUAUGUCGGCGAGUUGGCGUCGGCUAGUAGGACCGUCGGCGAGUUGACCGUAAUUCAAUUUUUCUUUCCUUUUCUUUUUCUUUUUUUUUUAACAUUUUGAAUUCUUUGCAACGUUUAACAGUUAUAUACGUGUAGGAUUGGUAGAACAUUGUCUAUUAAUUUAAACAACAAGUAGAUGUUAUGUUCCAAAGGGAAUCAAUCCUUUUCUCAUUCCAUUCCAUUGAAUAACAAGUACUACAAUAAAUUGAUUUCAAGUUAAGCAAGAACACGUUCACUCAAAUUUCAAUUCAACAUGUUCAAGAAACUCAGCCUGUACCCACAUCUCCUUUCUGAGGACUUUUGUUUUCCAGAAGCUGCUACUAACUCCACACAAUGAUAGGCAAUGCUGUUAAGUAGAUUUUUUGGUACAUGUAUUUAUCACAGUUUGUUUAUGAAAUUAUUCUUCCCUAUCUAAAGUGCAUAAUUAGGCAAGUGUUUCUCAUUUUUUUCUUAUUACUAUCCAGAUUCUUCUUGGUCCUGGCAGUACAGGUCCUGGAUCUGGACUCCCUCAUGGUUACCCUGCUUUACAGCCUCAGAGAAACUAAUUAGGAUUUGGGGAAAAAGUGGUCAGGAUUAUGGCAAUCAAGAUUGUACAGUAAAUACCAUUUUUAAAAUGCUACACAACUUUCUGGAAAACAUGCCUAAGUGAAAUUUUUUUUGAGGGUGUUACCUUAGAUGGAUUUAAGGCAUUGCCUAAUGGCAGUUUAUUCUUAACCCCCAAAGCGUUCAUAGUGACUAAUCAGCAACCUUACAAAUCUGAACAAUCCUCUGGUGGAAAGAAUAGCAUUUAGUUAUUGUAAACUUAAACAGACCUAAGAUGUAGCUCAGAUCCAUAGUUGUCUGCUUUGUAGAGCCAAUGGGCCCAGUAUCUUUGUUAAUCUCUUUUUUAUAAUCAGCAUCUACUGAACAUGGGUUAAUUUACAGCUAAAAAAAUUGAGAGGAAAGAUUUAGCAAUUACUCCCAUUCACCUGUUGUGGGAUCUGCCUACAAAAUAUAGUAAAUGUUUCACUGUAAGUGUGUGUCAAACCAGUGCUUAAGCUCAGAGGUGCUUAUUCAUGGUGUACAAUUUUCCUUGUUCUGAAUGAAUUUUUUCAAUAAAUUCAAAGAUUAGCUUUCCUUGACUGCUCUGCAUGUGUGAUGUAUUCAUUUUUGUUUAUAAAAACCAUGCCUCUUUGACUUGAAUGAAUUUUUAGAAACACCCUCACACCAAAUUAAGAGAUCAGCAGACCAAGGCAACUACCACAAAUUUUCAGACUGUAAAUAUAUGAAAAUAUGUGAACUGCAGAUAAAGAAACUAAUAUGGAAGUGAUCUUCACAGUUAUGAACACUACUUAUUAAUGAGCAGUAGUGAAAAUAAGGCGGGUACAGCUGCAUGUAGGCUAUCCACAGAUCAUCCUUCAAUUUAUGUUUACUUACCUGCCAUAAAUUUUACUGCUUGAUCUGGUAAGGAAUUAUUUUAUACUACCCCUUGAUCACUUGCAUUUUUUGUGUGAAAUUAUGCUUGGAAGUUAUUCUCUCUCGUCUAAGCUAUUAUUGCACUUGCUUUCAACUCUUCAUUGUAAACUACAAGUUUGUCUUUAUUAAGGACUUACAUCUGACCUGUGUCAUUUUUAGAGCUUUUACAUGAAUUUGCGACAUACAGUGUUGGCCGUGUUUUACUUAUUGUUUGAAAAAUA